CUGAAAAUGAUGCCAGCCUUAGCAAAGAAGUUUUGGCAGCUGUAUGCAUACAAUGUCACUACAGGGGCUACAUCGGACGCAAGAAGUACGUGCAGGCACUCAUAGAUAAAUUUAAUCAGGAGGAAGCCAUGCGUAUGAAGAAGAUACAACAACAGGUAGAAGAAGGGGAAUUACUGAUUGAAAAUCAUAAGCUUCAAGUGGAGUUUGAAGAUAACCAUUGUGUCCGUCGAAACAGAACUCAACUUUUUGUAUCCCGUGUUAUUACAAUUCAAAGAGCUUGGAGAUAUUACAAGAAACAACAACAACUACAAAAGCAACAAAAAGAACAUCAAGAUCACAAAGAAUUUAAGGAAAAUUACAAGAAAGAUGAAGAUGAUGACAAUAAUGAUGAGAAUACUUGUCAUCAAUUAGAUGGUAAUGGAAAUCCAAAACCAGUUGGGAACAGUGUAGAGGAGAAAAACCCUGCAAACAAUCAACAAACACACAAUUUUUCAGGUGACAAGAUGUCAAUGCUUACGAAACUGUCGGCUGACAAUCAGCCAGACAUCAUCCAGGGUCUCACACACCACAGUCCAGAUUUACAUAAUGAAAACGAAAGUUACCUAAAACGCCCUAAGGACCUUGACAAGAAGAAUACAAAUUUGAACCGUCUAAGCUUAGCCGAGGAGUUUGCCCAGUUGGAGGGCAAGAUAUUUGCAGACGAUGGUGUUUAUGAAUCGGAAAGCGAAAGUGAUUAUGGGGCAACGCCCUCAAGCUGUAUGACAACUCCUGAUUGGGAGGCACAGGAGGAAUUCAGCAAGGCUGAUGAAAGUCAAGAUAAUAUUACUGUUACCGAGGACCUUAACGAGGCUGAUGAAAGUCAUGAUACUACAACUACUGUUUGUAAUGGACUGCAGAAGGACCAUGCUGGAAAUGUUGCUGAUCUUGAUGCAAAUGCAAAUGACUCUGAUACCAGUGAAACACAUAUCAAUGAGCUACAAAGUUCAUGUAGUCAAAAACAUUUAGAAAUACUAACAGAUAAAAGAACUAUGAGUACUGAAAUUAAUACAAAAACUGAACCCAACAGGACAAGUAACAAGGAAGAAAUUGCCAAAGAUAUAGACAUUACAUGCAAACAUUUGGCUGCUGCUACUAUCACUGCUGCUGCGUGCGACCAUAGGCAAGUGUUACCUAAAGAUAAUAUUGAUUCGUCUGGAUUGCCCAUCAUGGAUUGGGACACACUGGAAAAAAGAAUUGCAAAUAUAGAACGAAAAAAAGGAGAAAAAGCGAAGGAAUUAGAAAAGCAAGAGGAAGAAGAACAGUCAUCAAAGAGUCCUAAAACGGCACAGAGAAGCUGCCGUCAAGAGAUCCUAAAACGACUAGCCAGAGCAGGGCUCAGUGAAGAAGAUGCAGAAGGAGACAUCUACGGCAAGGGGCGUGAUAAAUUGUCCGCGCGACUACAGAGUGGAAUGAAUCUACAGAUCUGCUUUAUGAACGAUCCUCUGAGCGACGACGAUGAGGACGUACAGCAUGAGGCUGCCAUGAUGCGCUCUCUACAGAGCCCAAGUGUCACGGUAACAAAGGUGGAUGAAGACUUUGAAACUAGGCAAGCUCGUCUACAGAAUGAGGCCAAGAUAGCAUUAGCACAGGCUGAGCCCAUGGCAAAGAUGCAGCUGGAAAUUGAAAAGGUUCACGGCAAGAAGGUGUCGCCUGUUACUGAAUUGGCUGGCGUGAAAGGGAUGUGUGAUAUCUCGCCUGGCUUGACUGGGAAGGCACUGAGCAAGAAAAAGCUUCAUGCUAUGUCAUGCAGUAAACUGAAAAUACUUGUCAAUGACCUCCACCGGAGAAUCAAAGAUUGGAAUGAAGAGCUGGUGGAGUUAUUAAUAGCAAGGGAUGAACUAAAGAAUGAGCAAGAUUCCAAAUUGAUUGACAUAGAAGAUUUAACCAGGUGGAUACACAUGAACAUGCAGCCGAGCAGCAGGAACAACAACAACUUGUUAGAAGAGUGUUGUCUGGAAAAUGGCCAUAAGCGUCACUACGAUUCUUUGAGGAAACUUCUUACCCGAUCAUUACCAUCAGGACCGAAAUGUCUAUGUGGCUUCAGUCGCAGUUCAUCUGUAGCAUCAAACCCGUCUCGUGUCAGUCGAAGCUCAUCGCAGAAUUCUAGCCAAUCACCAACAAGUCCUAGCACUGCCAGAAUGACACUUAGCUCUCUGAGUCCCAGUAGUUUCAAGUCAACCUCCAGCAUGACAGAUGUCGAGAGUGUCAUGCCCAGCCCUGAAGUAUCCUGGGUCAAGAGUGCAGGUGUCCGAUAUUGGUACAGGUGAUAUAUCUAAUAUGCAAAUUAGUUAAUUUCAAGUAUUCAGUUAUAUUUUAUCUUUGGUAUCAAUUUUAUAAAUUAGGGUUGUUGAUAUUUAGUGGCAGUACCUAGUUAUAUCUGUUUGAUCAGCUGGACUGAACAUCCUCUUGUAACCAGUGCUUCGCUAAACAAAUCACAUUGUAACCAAAAGGAAAAUGCUCAUUUAACAACCAGUUUUACAAUGGAUCACUACCAUAUGCUCAAAAAGUUCAUAUUGAAAUAUAAUAGUGUAUGAUAAAAAAUUGACUACCAAAAAUCCAUAUAUAUGUGAGGUGUUUCCAUAGUCAUUUUUUAAAGAAAAAGUUGUCAGUUCUAAAACUGCAAGUAUAUUCACUGAUUUAAUUAAACUAUCUUAUUUUCUACACAAUUUGAACUACAUUUGAAAAUUUUUGUUACAUUCUAUUAUAAUUAUGUUCUGACUGUUGCUAGUGAAUUUAGUAGAUAUUCACUGCGUGCAGUCAUGCAUGUGUAACGUGUGUAUACAAAAUUUGAAGCCGUUUUGGUUUGUGUUCUGAACCUUCGAUUGCUCAAUGAAUUAAACUAAAAUACGAAACUAAUUAAUGUAAUAAAAUACCUAAAUAGUAGAGCGUAGCUCUUAACAACAUAGUAUAUACAGUAUAGCCCCAUCAAUGAGGCAUAAGCCUAUAUUAUAUUCAGUAGUCUUUCUCCCAGAUUUUACACCUUAGAUAUGCCAUUUUCUAUACCCUGAAAUGAGUCAAACCAUUGCUUAUUGCCUGUUCUUUAAAGCAAGGCACACAGCAUUGAUCAUGGAAUCACAUGAGCCAACCGGCGUAGGCUCAGUGUGUGCCUAGCUUAAAAUUGGCUUAUUGUGUACAGUUGUCAUUUUCUUGUACAUUGCAUAUGCCACGACUUAAACUGUAUUUCUGACUUUAUUUGUAUGAUUCUUCUUCUUAUGAUUCUACACCAGCUUGAAGACUCGCAUUUUGAAAUUAUUAUGAUGACGAAGCAAUGAGAAAUAAUGCAUUUAUGUAAAGUUUAAGUAUAAUAAUGACAUUUUUUUUAAAAGAAGAAUAGCAAUAGUGACUGUCGAGCCAUAGUAUUAUUUAGCUAUUUGACCUGCCAGCAGGCUUGGUCAGACAUACUUAAUGGCUCUAAUAAUUAUGCUGCAGCUCUGAUGUUUCUGCAUGGUUUCUUUAAGUAACUCUUCAGAUAAAAGCCUAGUGCCACCCAAUAUCUUAUAGAACUGUAUAGAUAAAUUAGAGCCUGAUUUAGUACUCUAGUAUAAGUCUUACAUAGACCAUUAAUCUUAAGCCAACUUAUGAGCUACUAGCAACACUAUAUGUCACUGUAUGAGCCAAAAAGAGCUGAGAUAGUUGACUUGAUGAGCUACAGAAGAUAUGAUCAUAGUUGUGUGAGCUAAAUAUCAAGAAUUUAUGUUAAUGAGUACAUGACUCAAGAUGAGACAAGCUGAAGAGCAAGACUGAUGCCUUUAACAACAAUACUUGAUUUUGAUGCUGUUAAAUGAGCAUAGCAAAACUUGAUGCCAUUACACAGAUGAGCCAAAUGGACUUCUACCUGUAUGAAGACUUGAUGUAAUUAGAUGAGGUAUUAGACUUGGUGCUACUGGAUGAGCUUUUGAGAAGACGCAAUGCUAUUUGAUUAGAUUUUAAGGAAGACCUGAUGUCAUUAGAUGAACUAACAGCAAGAAUUAGUGCUACUGGAUGAUCUUUUAAGAAGACUUUAAUGCUAUUAAUGAGCUUUUUGAAAGACUGAAUGCCCUUAGAUAAGCCCAGACAAACUUGCUGUUAGAUGAGCUUAUAGCAAGACUUGAUACUACUCUAGGUAGUUCUGCCAAGAUGAGCUAAUAGGAAAUCUUGGUGGAUUAGCAGACCCAUAACCAGGAAGUUGAGGGGUGUUGUAUGGUUCAGUCAAAACCUUUUUGUGAUAAAUUCACAUUUACAUACUUAAAACAGCUCUUUUCCUGACACAUCCAGGGAACUUAGUUGCCUACUGAUCCUGAUUUAAUAGGAAUCCCUGAAUGAUCCUGGUUAUGGGCCUAAAGAGAUCAAAUAGCAAGUCUUGAUGCUAUUUGAUGAGCCAAAAUGAGCUAUUUAUCAAGACUUGAGGAUGAGCUUUUUGCAAGACCUGCAAUGUAAUUAGGUGAGCGCAGAUGUGGUACAAUAGCAAGACUUCAGCAUUAUAGCAACACUUGUUACUAUUAAAUGAGCUUAUUGCAAGACUACUGUAUUAGUAUUUGAUGAGCUUAUAGAAAGAAAGACUUAAAAAGAAUUUUAUGAGCUUUAACAAGACUUAUGCUGUUGUAUGAGCAUUCAACAAAACUUAAAGAUAGUUUUCGAUCUUGAUAGAGAGACAAGCCUUUGGUGAACAUCUUCAGUAAGCAAGCAGUGAGAAUUUUAUGAGGUCUAGGUGUGUAGCAUUUUUCAGCUCACCUUUGUGACAAAUGAUAAUGUAUAAAAUAAAUCUGUACAGUAGUGUAGACUCAAAUGUUUAUAGGUUUUCUGUAGAUAUUGUACUUAAUGUAAAGGAGCAAUCCAAUAGGGCUGUUUUUAAUACUUUGUUUUUUAAUCUGUUUUGUUAUUUCCAGAUUUGCCAUCUUUCUGCACAUUUGUCUUCCUUUAAUUAUUCUAUAGGUUAAGUUAAUAGUAGUAUUUAUUAGUGUAUUCUUUUAUUUUAUCACUACAAAUUGUCUUCAAUCAAAUACAUUAUGCAUAUCAAUGUCAUGAAUUGAUUAAUGUCACUUUCAAUGAUGAUUUUAUACCAAUGAUGUGGUAUGUCAUCAUGAACAACAUGAAUUCAUUAUGGAAUCACAAUGUCAUCAGCGGCUUCACAAUAUAAUCCUCUUCAGCCUGAAAAGCCCAUUGUCAUUAUUAAUAUUUCCGUUAUAAAGCUAAAUUUAUUAUUAUAAUCCAUAAUACUACCAUAUUGUCCCUAUCAUUUUCAUUAGCAUCUAAUUUGUUAGAAUCACCAAAUUAAAAUGAAUAGCAGUCACAUAAAUGUCAGUUUCUCCACGUUCCCUCAUGGGUUGAUAGUAAAAAAGCAUAAUAACUGCUGCAAAUUAUUGUAAAUUUGUUUUGGUUUUUUUUGGUUGCAAUUUUCUGUUUGGAUUGAACGACUAAUUUUCAAAGAAGACAGAACAACAUUGUUGCAACUGAUGGUAAUAGACAAUGUCGCUAAAGGAAGAUUAAUCAUGAAUAUUGAAAACGUAAUUGAUUUUAUAUUAAAGAGAAAUGUGGACAAGUUAGCUACAGCAAUACAGAAGUCAGUUAAAAAUGUGGAUUUGCACAACAGAAUUGUGUAGAAAAUACAGUUUUUUGUACAGUAAACAAUGAAAUAAUAUAUUGAAAUUUUUAAAUAAUUUGCUAUUUUUACUAAACUUCUAGUGAUAGUAGUGUUGAUAAUGGGUAAAUAGUUUCAUCUGGUUUCAAAUAGCAAUAAAUAUGUAUAAUUUCUUGUGAUAAACCAAUUAUUACUCAUUGUUUUUUGUUGUUGACAGUUUCGCCAGGUUAUCAGUCAGGCUGCCUGGCCUGGAAGCCUGACUGACAGCCAGAAAAAACAGUGAGGAAUAAUUGGUUUAUAACAAGGAAUUAUACAUAUUUAGUGUUGAUAAUAUUUAGGAUUCACUACUGUAAACAGGUGUGUACAUAUUUGCUAAUUAAUGUUACUUAAUAACCUUUUGCCAAUGUAUGAAAUAAUGAAAUAUAUAAAGCCUGAUUGAUUAAUGAAUGUAAACACAAAGGUGCUUCAUUUAUGUGCUUUCUCUUGGGCUAUAUAAAUGUAUAUAUAAUGUAAAACAUUUUAUAUAGUUUAUUAUCAACAUUAACUUGUUCCAUAUUCUUAAUAACGAAUUGUUAAAAAUUGUGUUAGAAAUAUAUUUUUCUUUGUGUUUUUUUAUAAUUUGCUGUGAUUUAACAAACUUUUUAUUUGCUGAGCAUCGUAAUCUCUAAAUUGAUGAGUUACAGUGAGAUUUCUUAAUUUAUUUUUGAUAAAAUACAAUAGAAAUUGUUUUUUGUUUUUUUGUUUUUGUUAAUUGACAGAGAUUGUUUAUGUUAUAACCAUGGUUAUAGUAUUCUUUUAUUAAUUUCAAUUGAUUGUGGUUGAAGGUAUCUUUUUCGAAAAGUACUAUAGUAUUAGGUUUAGGUCACAAUGUGUUAUGAUACAGUACAUUUUUUUUUUAUUUAAGGUCAAAAGCCUUAGUAGUUUUAAUUUGCUUACUAUUAAUUUUUAAUAUUAUGUUUGGAAAUUUAAUCAGUAUUAUUUAUUAUUGAUAUAUUUUUUUCCUCCAGGAUGCAUUAGUUAUUUAAUAUUUUUGUAUUUAAACCAUAUUUAAUUCUGUUAUGCCAAAUAGGCCUGAAUUGUAUGGGCCUUAUAUUAGCAUAGAAGGCAGAUGUGAAAUAAUAUACUAGCUAAGAUCUUGUAAUUAUAGGCUAGAAAUGGCAAUGAUAUAUGCUGGAAAAUCCAGCCAUAUUAAUGAAAUAGGUUAAAACAACUAACCUUUUUUAUAACUUUAAUUUUCUAUGCAUAAUAUUUCCCCUGCCAGUAAAUGCAAUUAUACUUUCAUUUUUAAGAGAUAUAUUUUUUGGUUAUUCUAUAUAGCAUCAAUCUUGAUUCUUUAAUGUUUUGUUACAAUUGUACAUACUUUCAACAGAAAAUUUAUUUAUUUUCAUGAUAGAGGCAGGUUUGAAUUUAAAAAUAUCUAAAAUUAUAUGAGAAAUAAUGUUACUAUACUUGUAUGAUAUACUGUAUUGUUCUUAAGUAGAAAGGGACAGCUUUCUAAGACAGUACGAGACUCAUAUGGGAUGAGUAUGUAUAUUGGGAAUAAUUGGUCGGAAUGGAAGUGGGUUAGUAAAGAGUAAAGAGAAAAAAUAUUUAAAACAGAGACUGGAAAUAUAUUUAAGGUUUGAUUUAUAAAGAAAGUUGUGAUUAACUGAUGAAAUACAAAUGAAAGAUGGUCUUCCCUCAUAACCCUGGAUUGUGAUGGUGUUGAAUAGUGCAUGAUGUUCUAAAGGGUGCAACACUAAUGUGCCCUGGUAUGUACCAUGUCAACACCUGCGCAUAAAUGAUUAUAGAGGGCUCAUGAGAGAUUAUAGGGGGGGUGCCUAAUGGAUUAUAGAGGGCGCUUCAUUAAUGGUGGCCAUCAGUUGUAUUAUUCUGUGUACAUUACAUUCUGGCUUGAAUAUUGAACGUUGAUGUGUUUCUUCAUGUAAUAACUCAAAGUUGAUGUGUUCAAUAAUCAUAUCUUUGUCAAUCUGACAAUGAUUAUAAACUAAUAGAACUGAAUGGACAUAUUAUUUGAUUGCUGAGCAAAUUUAUCUGUAGCUGACAACCGUGUAGGUUAUUGUUGAGCAAAAUUGUCAAUUGUAAAUACUUUCAUUGACGAUGAUCCGUCAUCGUAAAAAAAAUAUUAAACAAAAAUACCUUCUCAUGAUUAUGGUGUAGGCUAACCAUGUAGUCAAUUCAUGACGUAAGCCUCAUGUGACAUUAAUAGAGCAUCCAUUAAAUAAAUGUUAAUAAAAUCAGAGGAUGAGCAAUAUUAUAGUUGUUAAUCAUUAAGUAUCCCGCCUACAAGAGCGUGUCAGUCAUUUGCGAUUUCUAACUCCUGUCACUUUUACCUGUUAAAUCGACGUGUAGCGUUCCAGUGAAUGUCUAAUGUGGUGUACUGUAUCGAAGUAUACAUCUGAUAAUAAAAGAAUUACCAUUAUUAUUGAAA